UUUCACUUCGAAACCGGUGACAUGUCGUUAAUAUUGUAACGAAUAUUUUUCUUAUUAUUAUAUUUCGAUUUGUUUAUUUAUUACAGAAACUUAAGUAAUAUAUUUAAAUCUAGUUUAGGAACUUUAUAAUAUAAACUCUUACUCAAAAAUGUGUAGUGACUAAACCGUGCCAUUGUAGUUUGAAAUAAGUUUUUGCAGUUACAUUUCUGGGAAAUUUGGAUUUUAUCAUCUUUGGUUUUGGAUGUAAAUCCAUCAUGUGGCUUAUAUUGGUGCUGGGUGUGGUGACGAGCGCGUCAAGAGUGCUUGCCGCCGGGUACUGUUCCACAAACACAUUCCCAACGAACACAUCCUCGAUGCACUUCAGCAAGGAACCGAUCCCAUACGAAUACGGUUUCCAGGACAAGUUCAAGAGCAUUCACUGCUGCGUGAAACGUUACAGGAGCAUCGAGUGGUUCAAAGAUGGCGUAGCUUAUCCUUGGUCUGCGGGCGUGUCCAACCUAAUCCUGUAUCCCGAGGCGGCGAAUCAGACGCUAUACACGAGGCGCGCCGCCCGCGCUGACUCCGGAAACUAUACCUGCCGACUCAGCAACGAGACGCACAGCGAAACGCAUACAGUCAGAUUAGAUAUAUUAGAAAAACCAACGGAUGCGCCGAAAACAAUGUUCAUUUCGAAGGACCAGUGGGUGGAGGAAGGGAUCGAACUUCGGCUGUUCUGCGAAGCGUUGAUUGGUCGAUCGUACUUGGCGGAUGCUAGAAGCGACCUUCGUUGGUGGAAGGUGUGGCCAAAUGGCACUGACGGUGAACUUUUAGUAACACAGAACGAGACCAAAACCACGAGAGAGGACGUGAAAGAAAUAAUCGGUUCCUACCUCAGCAUAAAGCGGGUGUCUGCGCAGGACUACGGCACGUACGUGUGCGUUGUGCACAGCAACGAGGUCGUCUCCAGAAACUACGUCACCGUACAUUACAAACAUAGCGGGGCGGCGGACGAGGCCUCGUGGUGCGGCGGCGCGGAGGUACCGUGGCGCGCGCUGGCGCUGGGCGGCGCGGCAGGUGCGCUGCUUCUGCUGUCUGUGCUGGCCUGCCACCGCCGCUGCACGCCGCGCCUGCUGCUGGCCGCGCGACACGCCCGCGCGCGCGCCGCCACCGCCGCGCACCGCGCCAGAGUGCUGGAGAAGGAGUUCGACGUGGUGGUGAGCUGGACGGCGGUGGACGGCGAGCUGGUGCGUGGCGCGCUGCUGCCCACGCUCGCCAUCAAGUACAAGUACCGCGUGCACGCCGUCACGCUGUCCACGCAGCCCGACCACUGGUACAGUGAGCUGGUCGGCGAGGUGUCCCGCGGCCGGUCGCUGGUGGCGGUGCUGUCUCCCGCUCAGUACACUCCGCAGCAGCUGCUCACUGCGUUAAGACAAUUGCGAGCCCUACCCGUACCCCCUGUCGUCGUACUGCUGCAGGAUCUGCCAAAGCUGAAGCGCGAGGCGAAGGACGCGGGGGAGAGCCUGGUGGAGGUGCUGCGCCGCACGCGCCUCGUGGCGUGGCGACACGUGCACGAGCGCGCCUUCUGGACCGCGCUGCGCCUCGCGCUGCCGCUGCCGCCGCCGCCCAAGCCCGCCGCGCCCGCACGGGAGGAAAAAUCGAAAACGAUUGAAACGGAGGAGAGCAAAAAUUCUCGUUCGGGAAGUCUCACGGCGCUCGUGUGAAACACUGCAUGAAGACUUCGUCCGAGACUCGUGCACAGCUGUACAGAAACGAGGCAGUUAUGAAAUGUGUAUAAAAUAGUGAUAGGUAGUGUGUGACACUGGACAAGACUAUGUUGCGUGGUUUUCAUAAUGAACGUCUGUGCCGCCAAUAGUAUGAAGACUGUGAGUAGAUAUUAGUUAUAAAAACUUUUCGAUCACAUUAAUGGUAUUUUAGUUAGUUAUAAGUCAACUUGAAAUCUGUAUACAGUUUUCUAAGAUCUCAGUAUCUACUUCUCUCAUACUUACGAACUUCUUUCCAUUUCUCUUUCUUGUGCCAAAGGGAAAUUGCAAACAUGACAAUUAAUAUUUAAAUGUUCGGUUGUAUUUUAUUUAUUUUAUUUAUGUUUAUGCAUAAUUUACUAUCGUAAAGAAAAUGAGUAUUAAUUUAAUAAGUGUUUCUUUCCAUUUGCUAUUUCCUAGUUUCGUCGAUUUUUAAUUUAAUUUCUUGUAAAAUGUCUAAAUUAAAAAAAAAGUGACGGUUUUGAGGUCUGUGAUAAUCGAUACGUAGAAUGUACAGCAGUGUGUGAAGACGUUCUGUAUUUAAAAAUAUUACAUUAAAUGUAUACGCCGCCUUAUAAUUGCAAAUAUCGUUAAUUAUACGGUGACAUAUAUACUAGAUAAUUUAACAAAAAUUUUACUGUACUAUUUAAGGAGGGUCGUCCGAGGUGAAAACUAAUUUACAAAGUAAUGAUUAUAGAAAUUUUGUUAUACUUUAAAAAAAGUUAACGGACUGAUUAAAUAAUAUUAUUUAUAGUUUAAUUAUUAUAUUCAUAACGAAUGUCCUCCAUUGAAAUUUCGAAAAGGCUGCUAUAGCAUUUAGUAUUGUAUAAUUUUAAACAUGACGUUUUACUUCUUGACACACUGCCGUUUCUAAGUCUUGCAAGUGUUUGUUUGACUGUAAAUUGUUGCAUAGUAUUUUCCCACAUUAUAAUGUGUAGUUUGUAAAACCAGUAGUUCAUCCUUUGUAGUAUUAUAUACUCAUUACAUUCCAGAUUUUUUUAUAGUAAUCUUAAGUUAAUAUAAACUUACUGUAUAAAAUUAUAUA